AAAUUUGGCCGCAGUUUUCUCCUACUUAGCACAAGAACUGCAGUCCACUGUACGCAAAUAGAAGUUUCCCCAAACUGGUGGAGAAACAGAAUUCUUUAGCGGAACAGAGUCCUCAGCACCAAGCGGCUGUGGAGAAGUUACUUUUCCUUUCAGAUGGUUCUGGAGGAAAAGACCCCAACGCGAGCAUGACUCACCCGGCCAGCUCCUCCUCCUCCUCCCCACGGCCCGCCCUGCCUCGCCCGGCCGCAGCUCGGUAGGGAGCGGAGACGGCUCUCUCUGCGUCCUCGUCCUCGCAGGCAGCCCACCCUGACCCAGCCCUCGCUGGAUGGUGACACGCAGGCCGGAGACAUGAGGCUGGCCCGCACGCUGCUCCCCCUGCUGCUGCAGGCCUGCUGGGUGGCCUGGGUGGCCGCACAGGACGAGCCGGAGGCCACCAGGGCCAUCGCCUUCCAGGACUGCCCCGUGGACCUGUUCUUCGUGCUGGACACCUCCGAGAGCGUGGCCUUGAGGCUGAAGCCCUACGGGGCCCUGGUGGACAAGGUCAAGGCCUUCACCAAGCGCUUCAUCGACAACCUGCAGGACAGGUACUACCGCUGCGACCGCAGCCUGGUGUGGAACGCGGGCGCGCUGCACUACAGCGACGAGGUGGAGAUCAUCAGCGGGCUCACGCGCAUGCCCGCGGGCCGCGACGCGCUCAAGGCCAGCGUGGACGCGGUCAAGUACUUCGGCAAGGGCACCUACACCGACUGCGCCAUCAAGAAGGGGCUGGAGGAGCUGCUGGUGGGGGGCUCCCACCUGAAGGAGAACAAGUACCUGAUCGUGGUGACCGAUGGCCACCCCCUGGAGGGCUACAAGGAGCCGUGCGGGGGCCUGGAGGACGCGGUGAACGAGGCCAAGCACCUGGGCGUCAAAGUCUUCUCAGUGGCCAUCACGCCAGACCACCUGGAGCCACGUCUGAGCAUCAUCGCCACGGACCACUCGUACCGGCGCAACUUCACCGCGGCCGACUGGGGGCAGAGCCGCGACGCGGAGGAGGUCAUUGCCCAAACCAUCGAGACCAUCACGGACAUGAUCAAAAAUAACGUGGAGCAAGUGUGCUGUUCCUACGAGUGCCAGCCCGCCAGAGGACCUCCAGGGCUCCGGGGCGACCCCGGGUACGAGGGAGAACGCGGCAAGCCCGGGCUCCCAGGAGAGAAGGGAGAAGCUGGAGACCCCGGAAGGCCCGGGGACCUCGGACAGUCGGGUACCAGGGCAUGAAGGGAGAGAAGGGGAACCCGCGGGGAGAAGGGCUCCAGGGGACCCAAGGGCUACAAGGGCGAGAAGGGCAAGCGCGGCAUCGACGGGGUGGACGGCACGAAGGGGGAGACGGGGUACCCAGGCCUGCCAGGCUGCAAGGGCUCGGCCGGAUUCGACGGCAUUCAAGGACCCCCCCCGGCCCCCAAGGGCGACGCCGGCGCCUUUGGACUGAAAGGGGAGAAGGGCCAGCCCGGAGCCGACGGCGAGGCCGGGAGACCUGGGAACUCGGGGCCGCCUGGAGACGAGGGCGAGCCGGGAGAGCCGGGCCCCCCAGGAGAGAAAGGAGAAGCCGGCGAUGAGGGGAACCCGGGACCUGACGGUGCCCCCGGAGAGAGGGGUGGCCCUGGAGAAAGAGGACCCCGGGGGACCCCAGGCACGCGGGGGCCGCGAGGAGACCCGGGUGAAGCUGGACCCCAAGGCGACCAGGGAAGAGAAGGCCCGGCUGGCGUCCCCGGAGACCCGGGCGAGGCUGGCCCCGUUGGAGCUAAAGGUUACCGCGGCGACGAGGGUCCCCCCGGGCCUGAGGGCCCCCAAGGAGCCCCAGGACCCGCCGGGCCCCCCGGAGACCCCGGGCUGAUGGGCGAAAGGGGUGAAGACGGCCCCCCCGGAAACGGCACCGAGGGCUUCCCCGGCUUCCCCGGCUACCCGGGCAGCAGGGGCCCUCCUGGGAUAAACGGCACCAAGGGCUACCCAGGCCUCAAGGGGGACGAGGGUGAAGCCGGGGACCCUGGAGAUGACAACAAUGACGUUUCGCCCCGAGGUGCCAAAGGAGCGAAGGGGUACCGGGGCCCCGAAGGCCCCCAGGGGCCCCCAGGACACGUGGGACCGCCCGGGCCGGACGAGUGCGAGAUUCUGGACAUCAUCAUGAAAAUGUGCUCUUGCUGCGAGUGCAAGUGCGGCCCCAUCGACAUCCUGUUCGUGCUGGACAGCUCCGAGAGCAUCGGCCUGCAGAACUUCGAGAUCGCCAAGGACUUCAUCACCAGGGUCAUCGACCGGCUGAGCAGGGACGAGCUGGUCAAGUUUGAGCCGGGGCAGUCGCACGCGGGCGUGGUGCAGUACAGCCACAACCAGAUGCAGGAGCACGUGGACCUGCGGAGCCCCAACAUCAGGAACGCGCAGGAGCUCAAGGAAGCCAUCAAGAAGCUGCAGUGGAUGGCGGGCGGCACGUUCACGGGCGAGGCCCUGCAGUACACCCGGGACCGGCUGCUGCCGCCCACCCAGAACACACGCGUCGCGCUGGUGAUCACGGACGGGCGCUCGGACACGCAGCGGGACACCACGCCCCUCAACGUGCUCUGCGGCCCCGACAUCCAGGUGGUCUCCGUGGGCAUCAUGGACGUGUUCGACUUCGUCCCCAGCCCCGACCAGCUCAACGUCAUCUCCUGCCAAGGCCUGGCGUCGACGCAGGGCCGGCCCGGCCUGUCGCUGGUCAAGGAGAACUACGCGGAGCUGCUGGAGGACGCCUUCCUCAAGAACAUCACGGCCCAGAUCUGCAUAGAUAAGAAGUGCCCGGACUACACCUGCCCGAUCACGUUCUCCGCCCCGGCUGACAUCACCAUCCUCCUGGACGGCUCGGCCAGCGUGGGCAGCCACAACUUCGACAUCACCAAGCGCUUCGCCAAGCGGCUGGCCGAGCGCUUCCUGAGCGCGGGCAGGACGGACCCCGCCGCGGACGUGCGCGUCGCCGUGGUGCAGUACAGCGGCACGGGCCAGCAGAGGCCGGAGCGCGCGGCGCUGCAGUUCCUGCAGAACUACACGGUGCUGGCCGGCGUCGUGGACGGCAUGGCCUUCCUCAACGACGCCACCGACGUCACCGACGCCCUGAGCUACGUGACCCGCUUCUACCGCGAGGCCUCGCCCGGCCCAGCCAAGAAGCGGCUGCUGCUCUUCUCGGACGGCAACUCGCAGGGCGCCACGCCGGCAGCCAUCGAGAAGGCCGUGCAGGAGGCCCAGCGGGCGGGCAUCGAGGUCUUCGUGGUGGUGGUGGGCCGCCAGGUGAACGAGCCGCACAUCCGCGUCCUGGUCACCGGCAAGACGGCCGAGUACGACGUGGCGUUCGGCGAGCGCCACCUGUUCCGUGUGCCCAGCUACCAGGCCCUGCUGCGGGGCGUCUUCCACCAGACGGUCUCCAGGAAGGUGGCGCUGGGCUAGCCGGGCGCGACCCCGCCGCCAGCCCCUCCCGCCCCGCCCCUAAAGCAGGAAGUGAAAUGUGAGGCGAGUUUCCCCGACCAGCCUGAUUAGCUAGAUUGGGUUUCAAAGGAAGAGCCUGAAAAGUCACCACGCGCACCGGGCGCAGCUGCCGCCUUGCGCGUGCCCGAGCGGGGCGCCGCGUCCGGGCUGUGCUGGGCUCCGCGCCUCCCCGCGGCGGAACGUCCCAUCCCGCGGCGGAACGUCCCAUCCCGCGGAGGAACGUCCCUUCCCGCGGAGGAACGUCCCAUCCCGCGGCGGAACGUCCCUUCCCGCGGAGGAACGUCCCAUCCCGCGGCGGAACGUCCCAUCCCGCGGAGGAACGUCCCAUCCCGCGGCGGAACGUCCCUUCCCGCGGAGGAACGUCCCAUCCCGCGGAGGAACGUCCCAUCCCGCGGCGGAACGUCCCUUCCCGCGGCGGAACGUCCCUUCCCGCGGCGGAACGUCCCAUCCACGGCGGCCCCCGCACCCCUAAGCUCCUCCGCGCUGCCCGGCGGCGCCCGCACAUCAGCGGCUCCCGGGCGACGUCGUCCUCAAACUCAGAGCCAAAGCAAAUUCUGCUGGUUAGUGCGCGUGAGGCCGUGGACUCUGUCUCGUUUUUGGAAGGCCAAGGUCAGGAGGACUUUUAAACAUAAAUCUUAGUGCGUCGACCGCUCCCUGCGAGGUGCGAGGUUCGUGCCGGGGCGGCGGUCUGGACCCUGCCGCGCCGGUGGCCCGACCAGCAUCUUCGAGAACGGUGGCGACGGUGGCUGCGCUCAAACUCCAGUAACGGUGCUUCUCCCUGACAAGGGGACACAGAGCCGUUUGGUGGCACAAAACGAUGUAUUUUAUUAAAAACGAUCCAAAGCUCUUUUCCCUCAAAAUUGUGGUCUGUUCUACAUCUUAUGGAAGAUCCUCUAUGUGUUAGUUUUAUUUUUACUCCUUCCUGUGUUUUUUCUCGACCAUGUCCCUGUCAACAAUUCUUCCUAAUAAAAGUUUUUACUCUUC